GUCAAAGAUAACAAAGCAAAAAAUGUCUAAAUUGACCAAAACCAUGGCAAAUUAUGUGACACAUUAUUCAUUCUUCAUCAUCUUUGCUAUUCUAGUUUCAAUUUUUUCAUUCACAAAAGCUAUGAACAAUGGUUUUAGCAUUGAUCUCAUUCAUAGAGACUCACCAAAUUCCCCGUUUUAUGAUCCUUCCUUAAGUUUCACAGAGCGAAUGAACAAUUCAUUUCAUCGCUCUUUCAAUCGUUCUAUUAAUUUACGUUCGCGAUCCUCUAUCAUUGUUGCUUCAAACAAUGGUGAGUAUCUCAUGCAGUUCUCUUUAGGUACGCCACCUGUGCGUACCUUAGGGGUCGCUGAUACUGGCAGUGACAUCACAUGGACGCAAUGUUUGCCUUGUAAAAAAUGUUUCAAGCAGCAAACUCGUCUUUUCAAUCCAACAAAAUCCUCGACGUACAAACCGUUACCUUGUGGUUCCAAAAUGUGUCACGCAACAUUUUCAACGUCUUGCAACAGAACAAAGAAGACUUGCGGAUAUCAGGUCAUGUAUGGAGACGAUUCAUACAGCAUUGGAGAUUUAGCGACCGAGACGAUACGAUUCGGUUCAAAGAAAAAAGCACAGGUCUCGUUGAAACACACAGUUAUUGGGUGCGGGCACAACAAUGCAGGUACAUUCAGUGGGGACAAAGAAUCAGGGAUUGUAGGCCUUGGAGGAGGGAAAUUUUCACUAAUUUCCCAAAUGGGGUCAUCAAUUGGAGGCAAAUUUUCAUACUGUUUAGCUCCAUUUCUCAAACACAGUUCUGUUCCAAAAAGCAAAAUACAUUUUGGUUCUAAUGCAGUUAUUUUGGGCAGUAAAGUUGUGACAACACCUUUAGCUAAAAAAUCUCCAGCAACAUUCUAUUUUCUCACACUGGAAGGUGUAAGUGUGGGUAAAAAAAGACUGGAUUUUCGAAAAGUGGCUUUCUCAUAUGAAGAAGGUAACAUUAUUUUGGAUACAGGGACAGUAUUAACUAUGUUUUCGCCCGAAAUUUACGUUAAAUUAGAAGCAAUGGUGAAGGGGCAAAUUAAGUUACCAACUGUGGUUGAUCCAACAGGUGCACUAAGUUUGUGCUACAAAUCUCUGUCCAUUGAGAAAAUUCCUAUCAUUACUAUGCAUUUUAAAGGUGCAGAUGUGAAGUUAGGUCCAUUUAAUACAUUUGUGGCGACAAGUGAUAGCUCUUGGUGCUUUGCUUUUGCUGCAUCAUAUGGUGUACCAAUUUAUGGGAAUAUUGCACAGAUGAAUUUCUUGGUGGGAUAUGACUUAAAGAGGAGGCAUAUAUCUUUCAAGGCUGCUGAUUGCUCUAAACAGUCGCAUUAAAUGAGAGUUUAGCAAUUGAUGUAUUAUCCAAUUAUCCGAAAUUUUAAAGUUAUAUAUUUUGUUUUCGUUAUAAAAA